UAACUUUUCUGACACCGUAAGCUUAUGAAAUGCGAAAGGAUCGAUACGCCCUGCUCCCAACGUUUGUAGUCAUACGCUUGAACCCAAGGUCGGCACGUGUUCCGCAACAGAUGUGCGGCGCUGAUGCGAUGUCCAAUGGACAAUGGCUUCCACUUGGAGCGGUCAAGGUGGGGGGAAUCAGGCCGGAAGUGGGCAAUCAUGAGGCGUCGGAGAGUUUGAAUGGGAUGGCCCAGGAGGUGUCGGCGGAGGGAAAGAGUGGGAAACAGAUGCAUUUUGGGCACAACGGGAUUAUGGGGGAAGGCAUCGGUGAGAAUAAGCGGCAGGGAAGGGCGGAUCCGGGAAGGGCCUGGGAAGGGAUUGCGCAGGGGCACAAGGCAGUGGCGUCAGAGUGCGAGUGCAGGAUUGGGUGGCUGACAAUGCAAAUGGGCAGCAACGACUUGUACGUGGACUCUAACACAUCUCCGUGGUAUUACAAGGCUCAGGUCCGUAGAAUCAAAGCACGGAUGUCGACACCAUGUGCUAACCGACGGCUUUUCUCUGCUGCCCCCUCCCUUCCUCAACGAACAAAGAAGCCGGCAGAAGUGCCAGUCAAAGAAGCCAGCAGAAGUACCACUCAAAGAAGCCAGCAGAAGUCAUACUCCAACUCCCAGGCCUCCAUCCAUCAUCCCUCUCUGUGACUGCCCAUUAUGUCACACUAACUGGUGCAGCUGAUCACCGGCGUCAACCGGCACACGAUUUGCCCGUCCUCCCAAGUUUCUCUUGGAAGGAGGGGUGGAAAGGAACCCUUAUUCAGGUAGGUACACACAUCUUUGAGCUUCCUUGUUGUGGGACAAAUUUGCCAUUCAUGAAAACAAUGACCAGAAGUUAAGAGCUCCAACCCCUUAGUCGCAAGCCUGGUUAAGCACGACUACCAACCCAGUGACCGAUUGAAAGCAGAGUAAUUAAUGCACGCUCGCGUCUGCUCAAAGUUCCAGCAGCUGCCAUAGCCACCCACCCAGUGGCACAUGCGAAGGACUGUGCAGCUCAGAUAAGGCGGGCAGAUGAAAUGGCAACUAGGCGGUACCUCAACCGAAUGGCCGACAACAAUUGCAGCCACUUGACAUGCUGCAAACCGAUGACGAUAACAAGAUUGGAAAAGUGACUGCGCAAGAGGACGACGGCCCGUAAAGAAAAACUGAAAGCAACCAAGCCGCAUGGAUGGAAAACUAGUUGUGCCUUCUGUGCUGAAUGAGCCCCGAUGGUAUCCGAUGGCCAGCAGCACCGCAGAAAACAGCAGAUCCUCCCUUCGCCCUCGGGGCAUACUCACACUAGGACCUUUUGUACUUGUUUCUGGGCGUAAUUGCCGACAGAUGCAUACAGGUCCGGCCAUAAAAGUGGUCGCGUGCAUUUAAGAUAUAAGAGAUAAUGUGGGUACGCCCUCAAUCCCAACGUCUCUCUCGUAAUACCUCCAAUAAGUGCAUAACAUGACAACAGAACCCAAAAAGAAGAAGGAAAGAAUAACUACGAAAUUGUUCUUAUUCCUCUCCCAACGUUAAGCCGACAAUUGAAGUAAAAAGCAGUAGCACAAUUGUGAUAAUACCCGCUCCCGGCACUCCCUAAAGCUAUCUACAUCAACAACUCUCUCUGUCCUUCUGCGGAAAGAAAAAGGCCUUCGCAUCACAUCGUUAACAUGACACACACGAACGUCCCUGCUGUAACAAAAACCCAAGGCCUCACUCACUGGCGCAAACACGUAAAGAGCUGCAUGCACUCACUCCGUAUGCAGUAAGCAAAUAGUAAAUGCACAUUUCCAUUUGUGAUCAAUCGAAUAGAUGUGCUUCAAACAAGCAUUUUGGACCAGAUGGGGGCCAGGGGGAGGGGGGUGCUCUCUAUCAGCGAGUAUUACAUCACGCCCUCCAAAUUAGGAAACUAUCUUAACUGCACAAGAGCCAAUCAACACAUCUAGCUCUUUAUCCGACCCCCUGUUUAAUAGAAUCCUUCCCAACUGAAAGGAUAUGUACCUGUCCCACUCACUACGCUCCUCUUCACCCUUCCACAACUCUGUCAUGCACGAUGUCAUCGACAGACACUCCCUUCUCUCUCUCUCUCUCUCUCUCUCUCUCUCUCUCCCUCCCUGCCUGGCCUUUUUCCUUUUGAAGCUCUCUGUCAUUCACAAUGUCCCUCGCCUGCUCUCUCUCUCUCUCUCUCUCUCUCUCUCUCU